UCGCUAACUUUCUCCAUGCCUCGCUCUAUGCAGCGUUUCCUCUUUCUUGUGGUUGCGUGUGUCACGUGAUAGAUUCUGGAAUGUGUUCGUAUCGGAGUAUCAACCAUGCGAAUAGAUGAUAACAGCCUUCUGAACCUGCUAGAAGGUGUAGAUGGCCCCUUCUAACCCAUAACUAUGAGGCUGAUUACGAGCGAUAACGCCCAUUCAAUCGAGUGAUAACGUUACUUUUAAAUGCGGAUCCAGUUUUGUGUUCCGCAUUGUAGCUCAGUGCUGGACUGACAGCUGGCACUUAGGCUGCUACAGGAUAUAGUAAGCCUACUCCUGAAGGACAGGUCUAUCGUGGCAACAGACAUAAUUGACCUGGAUCCUGAAGCUGGAGGGACAUUGAACAUGCAAAUCAACAGAUGCACAUCAACACAUCUCACCUCCAUCAGGCCAUCCAAUGGGAUCCUGAGAGCUAGAACAGCACAGUUUCUCUCGGACCUUAUGCAGUCAAGCUCCAGAGGUCCAGACAGUCCCAUACUCAGUACUUCAUCUCAAUCAGUGUUUAAACAUGAUGGUGAGGACAUUCCCCAGAGCACAGAUCAUAAAGGAUUUCCAAGAACGUUGCCAGUACCUGGCAAAAAACAACAAUGAGGGGUAUCAACAGGAGUUUGAGGCACUAAAUGAUGUUGGAAAGGAGUUUUCCACCAGGGCAGGAGAACUGGAUGUAAACAAAAACAAGAAUAGAUACCCUCAUAUUCUACCCUACGACCACUGCAGGGUGAAGCUGUCAUUGCUAGAAUCACAGCCGCACUCAGACUACAUCAAUGCCAGCUAUGUACCCGGAGGCAGUUCAGAGCAUGCCUUCAUAUGCACUCAAGGACCUCUAAAGAGCACCAUGGCUGACUUCUGGAGAAUGAUUUGGGAACAGAACGUGCAUGUGAUAGUCAUGCUGACAUCUCUGAAAGAGAAUGGCAGGGUUCUAUGUGAUCAGUACUGGCCCCCUGAGAGAGGUACUGGUUGCUACGGUGAUAUUCAGGUGACAACAGUGUCUCGCAAGCGUGGGCCAGAAUCCUACAUCACCACCAUUCAUCUGUGGCAGAAUGGCUGGCCUGCUGAGCGUAGAAUCACACACUACCUGUAUCCCAGCUGGCCAGACAUAUCAGUGCCACGAGAGCUGUCUUCCCUCUGUACCUUCACCGAGAAUGUGCGACAGCACCUAGAAAACAUGCCUCAUAUAGGCCCAGCUGUAAUCCACUGCAGUGCAGGUGUGGGGCGCUCGGGGACCUUUGUCACACUUCUGUGGCUUUUUCAACUGUGUGUGCGAGGGGUUCAGCCUGAUGUGAAAGCCUCAGUGCAGGACCUGCGACGACACAGAGUAUUAAUGGUUCAGACGCUGGAGCAGUACAUAUUUGUGCACAAGUGUUUGAUGCGCUGGCUGGUUGCGGAUAGUAAACAACUUAAUGCACGAUCCCAGAGUGCACCGGUGCAUGUCCGACAGGACUCCCGACAGAUCAGCCAAUCACGGCCCAGGAGUAUGGAGGUCAAACAGCCUCCCAAGCGGGGGCAAUCAAGCCCUGACGUCCUACAGUCCUUCAACAUGCAGCUGCAGAGCAUCAGACCGGCAAACCUGCUGCGGAAGCUAAUGCCCUCAACAGCCAGGACAGGCAAAGCCAGAGACUCUGACCUGUAGUGGACUUACCACACACACACACAAAAACUGUGAAGGGAGAUGAGAUCAUCCACAACACACAAACCAGUGGAGUCCUAUUUCCAUUGUAAAUUAGGCUUUAGCAGCUCUUGAUGGACACAGGCACACACACACACACACAUGUGCACGCACAAUUAAUCAGUAAAGGUUACACCAGUAUAAAACUUUAAAAGAAAGUAAACUGCACAUCUAUUUUCUGUAACAACAAGAACAGCAGUUGACCGUCAGAAUGAUCUUCAGCCAGGUAGAUAAGCUAAUUAGUGAAACCACCUGUUUAAGGUGUAGAAGCAAUGCAUGGAGGCUUUUACUUUCUGAAGCUGGGCUUCUCAUCUCUACCAUCCAGUUCCUACAAGUUUUCGUUUUCUAUGAGGAACUGAAAGGGGACACGAGUACACUGACAUGUAUGUGAUGUUUGCUUCAGUUUUCUUAGAACUACCAGCAGCCAGAGACUCCAGCCAGACCGGUCCCUCUGCUAGAGAACCCCCCCCCCCCCCCCCCCCCA